CUGUGUUGUCAAUGAAGUGUAAACAAUGAAGUUAGAAUCUAUCUUAAACAUAAAUAAUACGAAAUCAAAUAAAUCAGCCGCAAAGGAAUAAACUAUUUAAGAAAAUAAAAAGUAUUUCAGAACAUUUAGCGAAAGUCGACUAUGGAUCCAGAACCGUCGCAAGCCGUAACAACAUCAACAAGUACCGAAAGUGAAAGUAGUUUGAAACAUAUGCCUGCUCACGAUGUUGCUGCUUUUGGUGUGUCUUGUGAUUUGAGUGGUCUCAAUCUGCCAACUAUACAGGAUAUUUUAAGAUAUUAUUUUUUCUUGACCGAACGUGCUAAAAUCCAAAAUAAAAUCUUUUCAUAUAAAACAUUUACUCCCCACGUGAUAGACAAAUUGAUUGAAAUUUGGAGUAAACUUGAUAUUGAAAUUACACACAUAAAGAGUAUUGCUAAAAAAUUGAAUACUUUGCUUGACAAAUAUCAAACCGAAGAUAAACACAAAACAACAAGCUCAACAUACGCAGCGUUCGUACAAUUCACAAAAGAAUUAUUUUAUAUUGGAAAAUGUGAAUGUGACUUGAAAGCAGCUCUAUGCUCAUGUGGUUUGAUUCCAGAAAACUUGAAAGAGUUCAUGAUGGAUCAACAUAACGAAAGAAAAUCUACGAUACCGGAAUACGUGACAGAAAUUGAAGAGCAAGUACCUACUACGUCUACAAUAAUACAAACAGCUAACGACAGCCGGGAUCCAGAAGACGAUAUGGAGUUUGAUGAUGAACAAUCAGUAGGUAGUGAUGAACAAGAUCUUUCUCCAACGACACGAGGAACAUAUAUGAACUUUGCUAUGAUGUGUGACAGAUUUGGUGUGUCUGAUAGAAUAGCAUCAGCAUUGGCAACAUCUCUUAUGAAAGACAUUGGCGAAAAAGAUGAUCGUGGCAAUCUUGUUAUUAUGGAUAAAUCUAAAGUUCGUAGAGAAAAAGCUAAAUCUAGACAAGAAGUGCUUCGUAAGCGAUAUGAUGCUUCCAAUUUAAUAGCAUUUUCAUUCGACGGCAGAAAAAAUGAUUCUUUAACGAUGGAGAAAAUCGAUAAAAAAUUUCAUCCCAGGAAAAGAAUCAUGAAAGAAUCUCAUCUGGUUGUUUUGAAAGAACCAAAUUCCCAAUUGUUGGGCUACACAAAAGUGGAAAAUGAAGAUUCUGAACACAAAGUCAUCAAAUUGAACGAAUUUUUUGUUGAUAAAGCAAUAUCUUUGGAUUCGUUGAUUGGCAUAUGUUGUGAUGGUGAGCCAGCAAAUACUGACAUAAGAAAUGGAAUUUUACGACGAUUCGAAACGCAGUUAAACAGACCACUGCAUUGGUUUGUGUGUCUUCUCCAUUUUAACGAGCUACCGCUCCGACAUUUGUUUGACACUUUGGAAAAAUCAUCCGCCACUGGACCACGAACAACCGGAACGUUGAACAAACAAAUUGAAACUUGUGAAAAUCUUCCGCCGGUAAACGAUUUUGAGGUGAUCGCACUGGAAAAUAUACCUGAUUUAGGUGCUGUUGAAUUAACUACCGACGCAAUUUACUUGUACAGAAUGGUACAUGCAAUUUCUUCUGGUGCAGUUUCGGCGGAUUUGGCUAACAUUAAACCAGGGCCAAUUGCACAUUCUCGCUGGCUCACCAAGGCCAGUAGAUUAUUACGGUUAUAUGUGACAACUAAUAAUCCAUCUAAAAAUUUAAAAAUUCUGGCAAACUAUAUAAUGAAAGUGUAUACGCCGAUGUACUUUAAUAUUAAGCAUUACAACUCUGUCGUGUACGGUAGUGUAUUAUUUUGUAAAUUCAUACGUUGGACUCAAUAUUUGGAUUCGAAUUUAAGAGGAAUUGUAAAUAAUGUUGUUAAAGACAACGCGUAUUAUGCUCACUCAGAAAACAUUUUAUUGGCAAUGUUGUUCGACGAUGAAAAAAAAAUACGCGACUUAGCUGUAAAAAAAAUUUUACACUACCGUAACCAUGUGGAAGAUCCGAUGCAACUGAGAGUUUAUAAAAAACCUAUGAUAAACUUCAAUUGCGUGGAUUAUAUGAAUAUGAUUGAUUUGAAUGAUGAUUCAAUCUUAUUCGAACCACCAUUUACUCUAAGCAUUCCUUAUGAACAGCUACAACAAUAUCUAAAAAACAACGAUCUACCCCUGCCUGAUCCGAAAAUUCCGUUACACAUACAAGAAACGGAAAAACACGUUCCAUUGCUGGCUAGCUUGUCCAAACGAGUUUUAGAACAGGAUCGAGAAGGAGUUGUGUCGGUGACUUUAGAAAGACGUGAAAAAUUCCCUAGACAUUCAAAAAUAACUAGUUCUCGAUUUUCUUCCUAAAACUCGUCUUUCCGUUUCUGCUAUUACUGAAUUCAAUUGAGUUUUUUCAUUCAAAUUUCAUAUGUUUUUAUCUUUUAAGUUGAAUUUUGAAGAAAAAACAAUAAAGUGAAAUAAGGAAAAAAUAUGCUUUAUUCAUUUACCGAGUAAACAGAGAAAGAUCGAAUUUUUAGUCUUAAUUGAAUAAAAUUGAUAUAGGUCGUGCAUGGGUACCCCCCAUUCUAAAUGGAGCCGAAUUUGGUAGCAAACAAUUUGUAUUUAUUGCUUGAA